AUGGAUACCUCCGAUGAAUCCUCAACAUCCAUGUACCGCCAGAAGGAGACUGGAGACUGGGACGAACGCUAUGGAGCACCCAUACGUCCACCUGUGAACGAAGACGGUCGUAAUGGAUCCUGCGACUCACGUGUUGUCCCAACAGCCGCUAGGCUACAGAGCAACGACCCACCUCCUACUAACCCUAGCCACGAUCAACCGAUCAGUUCCAAGCGCAAGUUUGUGAGCAUCUCAGUUCAGACAUCUCCUGUCGAAGAGGUCUGCCCGCCCCUCUGUCGCGACAACGGCAGCUCCAGCGGCAGCUCACCCGACCCGGAAACCGAUGAGGAGGGCCAUGCCAACAAGACCGGACUCAAGCGUGCCAGCUCGACUACAAGCAGCCAGACAUCCAAGAAGGCCAAGGUUGCCAAAUCAUCCACAUCGCCCACCAAGGCUCCGGCCGCGAAGCAACCCCGUCGCGAUACGAUCAUCUCUCUCGAUGGGGCCUCGCCCAAGCCUCGUUCCAUCUAUGCACCUUCUCCUACUCCUCUCCAAUGCACUUAUGUUUACCCGCGUGCCCUCGGCCCUCCCCGCCGGCCGAUGGAUCUCCGUCGCAACAAGGGUGCAAAGCCCAUGCCGGACAUUCCUGUGCUCUCUGAGCUCGCCCCCAAGGCCCCCACCGAUCCCAGUCCUUCCGCUCCUACUGGUGGUGCGGAACCUCAGGCUGAAGGUGCUCCAAUGGACGUUGAUGAUUCGUACGUGAUUACCCAUCGAUGCCCCAUCACUUUUUCUCGCGAGUUCGAAAUGCGUCGCCAUAUCCGGACGGUGCACAUUGCCGAGGAGGUUCGUGCUGUGGUCGAGGGUCGUCUUGCCCGAUCCGAUGCCAAGGUUAUCCCGGAGAACUGGGACGGCAAGAGCUUGAUUAGCAAGCCAACCUGCGCAGGGUGUGGUACUACCUUUUCCCGGCCGGAUGCGGUCCGUAGGCAUCAAACCGAGGUGAAUGCAAAGAUGGAGAAUGGUAUCUGUGUCGAGUGUCCUGGACCAAAGGUGCACAUUCGUCGAGGGCCCCGCAAGGACGUCCACUUGCCCACGCCUGAUGCCUCGCCGGCGCCACCAACGUUAGCCCCAGCACCAAUCCCUGCGCUCAUGAUGCCAAUGAGCACAGGGAUUGGCGCUGGGAGUCACGUCCCAAUCGCGCCUGCACCGGCUCCAGCCCCCGGCCCUCUGGUGAUUCCUGCGGCCGUCUCGAUGCCAGCUCCUUCAACUUUGGCUCCGGCCCCGGCCCCUAUUUCUGGUCUAGUUCCCAUCGCUCCAGCAGCCCCUGUCGUUGCCAUACCAUCUCUCCCCUCUGCCCCUCUCGUAUCUGGCGCUGGCGCCCCCAGCGACGCGGCACCCGCGCCAGUCGCUCCGGUCGUCGCCCCACAAGCCCCACCGGCUGCGAGAGAUCACGCUGAACUGGCUGAAGUCGAGCUAGAGAGCGAGGAUGAAUGUAACUAG